AUGUAUGCUUCUGCAGCGACGCGCCCAUUCCAAAGUUCAGAAUACCAGUACAAUACAAACAAUCCACCCUGGCAAAAGCUUUUAUGGGUAAAGCAAAACUACCCCGACAAUUAUGUCGAUAAUACUUUUCUAGAUGAACUACAAAGAAAUGUCAAUGUACGAUCAUACGAUUAUUGGACCAUGGUUUAUGAAUCCGGAGUCAUUACACAACAUAUAAGCAGCGUUGUGAUCUUUAUUGCGAUUUUCAUCUACCUACAAAUUCAUUCAGUUUCAGGCAACCACUUGAUCUGGGCAGGUUCUUUAUUAACGGGCAUUGGCUACAUAAUCUGGGAUCUAACUUUACUAAAAACUAGAAGCAAUCACGAAUUUAAACGUCAAAGAGUUGCCAAAAGUGCUUUUUUCUUUUUUGUAACCCUAUUGGGACUAUCACCCAUAUUAAAAACCUUGACUAGCCAAACAAGCGACGAUACGAUAUGGGCUUUAACUGUGUGCUGUUUUCUUGCCAAUGUGUUAUUUCACGAUUAUAAAACACAAGCCAACAGCAUAAAGAUUCCUGGUUCCUUAUCAACCAAUGCUGCUAUCUUUGCAUCAGUUCUAUUAGCCUCAAGAUUGGACACAAAUUUCGAUGUAUUUGGAUUGUUAUCAUUUGCUGUGGAAUGGUUUUCCUUAUUUCCUAUCUUUAGACGAUACCUUAAAGACUUGAGUCCAAAGAUCCAAAUUGGGGUAACAAUAGCCAUGCUCCUAACGUGUGUGGCAUUGUUUGUACAUAUUUCGAAGGCGGUUGCUUUUAUUUAUGUGUUAGGAUUCUGCUUUCUAACUUUUAUUUGUCCUUACUGGCUUAUAUUCAUCCAAAAAUAUAAAAACGAAAUUCACGGACCUUGGGAUGAAGCACGACCACGUUUACAAAGACCAAGACGUAAUAUUUAUCGAAAAAGAUCAAACUAA